AUGCAUCUUAUGUGGUUCACUUGUCUUCUGGUUCUGGUACUUGCUCGGCCUAAAUCUGACGAGAAGAAUUCGAACCGCUCAGAAAAACAGGGGAAGGGACCUCAUGGAAGACGCACACCGUGGACGAAGGUAGGGAACCCAUGGACCAGGAAUGGAAUGGAGGACCCGAAUGGCAACAAGCAACCGAAUGAAAACAAUACGGAUGACUAUGAUUAUGAUGGUCCUUGCCCCGAAGGUAUUCUGAUUGAGGUGCCAGAUUAUGAUAACAGAAAUCCCAGGGGUGGCGGCAAUGGCUACUACCCCUGGUCCAAUAACGGUUACGGUGCUCCCUGGCAAGGCGGUGAAAAUAACUAUCCUUGGAAUCCUUGGAACGGUCGCUUCUACAACAGCCAACCAACUGGCCGCCGCCAAAUUCCAUCGAAACGUCGUGGAAACGGUAACAGAAGGCCGAGAGGUCCACUUGAACACAUUGGUGAUGAUACUGAAACCAGAGGAAAUUCUGGUUCUUUUGCCCUCAAAGAACGCGAAAAGAGAUCCAUGAUGCCGAUGAACUGA